AGAAAACAAUCUCCUGGUCUAAGGUGCUUGAGUGGGCCAAUCCAGCUAUAUCAAGAACCUUUGAGAACAAAAUUCUCAAGCACUUCUGAGGGGAGUCGAAUAGGUGAAAACCUUGGCUGGCCUGACCUUAUCAUGGAACCUGAUGACUUUGAUUCUGAAGACAAAGAGAUAUUAAGCUGGGAUAUUAAUGAUGUGAAGCUGCCACAGAACGUGAAAAAGACUGACUGGUUCCAGGAGUGGCCAGAUUCCUAUGCCAAACACAUCUACAGCUCGGAGGACAAGAAUGCACAGCGGCACCUGAGCAGCUGGGCCAUGCGCAACACCAACAACCACAACUCCCGCAUCCUCAAGAAGUCCUGCCUGGGUGUGGUGGUGUGCGGCCGCGACUGCCUCGCAGAGGAGGGACGCAAGAUCUACCUGAGACCUGCCAUCUGUGACAAGGCCCGGCAGAAGCAGCAGCGGAAACGCUGUCCCAACUGUGAUGGGCCUCUGAAGCUCAUCCCUUGCCGAGGUCACGGGGGCUUCCCGGUCACCAACUUCUGGAGGCACGACGGACGCUUUAUAUUUUUCCAGUCAAAGGGAGAGCAUGAUCAUCCAAAACCAGAAACCAAGUUGGAAGCGGAGGCAAGAAGAGCCAUGAAGAAAGUGCAUACAGCACCUUCCUCCGUCUCCUUGAGCCUGAAGGGGGGCACAGAGACCAGGUCUCUUCCAGGUGAAACACAAAGUCAGGGGAGUUUACCUUUAACUUGGUCUUUCCAGGAAGGCGUCCAACUGCCUGGUAGUUACAGUGGACAUCUAAUAGCUAACACUCCUCAGCAGAACUCACUAAAUGAUUGCUUUUCCUUCUCCAAGAGUUAUGGUCUGGGAGGAAUCACAGAUCUGACUGACCAGACUUCCACUGUGGACCCCACGAAGCUCUAUGAAAAGCGUAAAUUGUCCAGUAGCAGAACCUACAGUAGUGGAGACCUGCUUCCUCCUUCUGCCUCCGGAGUCUACUCUGAUCACGGCGAUCUGCAGACGUGGAGCAAAAAUGCUGCUUUGGGGAGAAAUCAUCUUAAUGACAACUGUUAUUCCAAUUAUCCUUUUCCUCUGACCAGCUGGCCUUGCAGCUUCUCUCCUUCCCAAAACUCUUCAGAACCCUUUUACCAGCAGAUUCCACUGGAGCCACCUGCAGCCAAAACUGGCUGUCCCCCAUUAUGGCCAAAUCCAGGGGGGAAUCUUUAUGAAGAGAAAGUACAUGUGGAUUUUAACAGCUACGUCCAGUCCCCUGCAUACCAUUCACCUCAGGAAGACCCCUUUCUCUUCACCUAUGCCUCUCAUCCUCAUCAGCAAUAUUCACUGCCAAGCAAGAGCAGCAAAUGGGAUUUUGAGGAAGAAAUGACAUACUUGGGUUUGGAUCACUGCAACAGUGAGAUGCUUCUGAACCUGUGUCCUCUGAGAUGACCCGAAUCUUUCACUAUGUGCACCUCCGCCCCUCAAAAAUGGGGAAGGGCUGAAAGAAUUUCUGUAGGAAAUAAUUUUUAAAACAUAACCAUAGAUAAAUGAGGAUCACGAUAAGCAGUAGACAAGGCUUUUUUUCCUUUUCUUUUUCUUUCUUUUUUUUUCUUUUGAGACAGAGUCUCACUCUUUU